GAUAAUGCUUGUAAAACAUCAAGCAUAGUACCUGACGUACAAUAAGAAUUUAGUAAGUGAUAGCAGUUUUUACCUUAUCUUCUAAUUCAUCGCAAAAUACAAAUGGCUUCCCUCUCUCAUUGUUCUUGCUUUUUAAGACACAUAAAUAUUUAUUGGCAAUGUUUCAAGAGUUGUAGCAGAGGCAGUUUUUGAGCAAGUGGCCAUUAGAUCCUGUUACUCAUUUUAUUUGUCUGUGCGUGUGUGGUCUUGCUCUUGAAGAGAAGAAGAUAGUGAAAGGAACAUUUGAGAGACCUUGGAUCUGUGACUUGGCGGGGACCAGAUUUCCUGCUUCUCUAACUUUGGUGUUGUGUGGUCUCCAGCUGAAGAUUUCAGUUGCUCUUAAGCAGUCUGAACUAUCUGUACUUUGAUAUUUUGGGGAUGAUUUUGUUGAAGAUGAGAUCAGCCUUUUCUUCUAACAUGAGACUUCGGCUGUUUUUAUUCUGUAUUUCAUUCUUUUAACUUCUACUUAUGUAUCUUCUUAACGCUGCAUUUGUUUGAGUUGACAAACCGUCUUACGGAAGUGUGUUUAAAGCAAUACAUAAGGAAUCUGGUCAAGUUGUGGCAAUUAAACAAGUACCUGUUGAGUCAGAUCUUCAGGAAAUAAUCAAAGAAAUUUCCAUAAUGCAGCAAUGUGACAGCCCAUAUGUUGUAAAGUACUAUGGCAGUUACUUUAAGAAUACAGACCUCUGGAUUGUUAUGGAGUACUGUGGAGCUGGCUCUGUCUCGGACAUAAUUAGAUUACGAAACAAAACAUUAACAGAAGAUGAAAUUGCAACUAUUCUUAAAUCUACUUUGAAAGGACUAGAAUAUUUACACUUUAUGAGAAAAAUACACAGAGAUAUAAAAGCUGGAAAUAUUCUCCUCAAUACAGAAGGACAUGCAAAAUUGGCGGAUUUUGGAGUUGCUGGUCAGUUAACAGAUACAAUGGCAAAACGCAAUACUGUGAUAGGAACUCCAUUUUGGAUGGCUCCUGAGGUAAUUCAAGAAAUAGGCUAUAACUGUGUGGCUGACAUCUGGUCCCUUGGCAUUACUUCUAUAGAAAUGGCGGAAGGAAAACCUCCUUAUGCUGAUAUACAUCCAAUGAGGGCUAUUUUUAUGAUUCCCACAAACCCACCACCAACAUUCAGGAAGCCAGAACUUUGGUCUGAUGAUUUCACCGAUUUUGUUAAAAAGUGCCUAGUGAAGAAUCCUGAGCAGAGAGCUACUGCAACACAACUUUUACAGCACCCUUUUAUCAAGAAUGCAAAACCUGUAUCAAUUUUAAGAGACCUGAUCACAGAAGCCAUGGAGAUCAAAGCUAAAAGACAUGAAGAACAGCAGCGAGAAUUGGAAGAGGAAGAAGAAAAUUCGGAUGAAGAUGAGCUGGACUCCCACACCAUGGUGAAGACUAGCUCGGAAAGCGUGGGCACCAUGCGGGCCACAAGCACGAUGAGUGAAGGGGCCCAGACCAUGAUUGAACAUAAUAGCACAAUGUUAGAAUCUGACUUGGGGACCAUGGUUAUAAACAGUGAGGAUGAGGAAGAAGAAGAUGGAACUAUGAAAAGAAAUGCGACUUCACCACAAGUACAAAGACCAUCUUUCAUGGAUUACUUUGAUAAACAGGACUUCAAGAAUAAGAGUCAUGAAAACUGUAAUCAGAAUAUGCAUGAACCCUUCCCUAUGUCCAAAAAUGUUUUUCCUGAUAACUGGAAAGUUCCUCAAGACGGAGACUUUGACUUUUUAAAAAAUCUAAGUUUAGAAGAACUACAGAUGCGGUUAAAAGCGCUGGACCCCAUGAUGGAACGAGAAAUAGAAGAGCUUCGUCAAAGAUACACUGCGAAAAGACAACCCAUUCUGGAUGCAAUGGAUGCGAAGAAAAGAAGGCAGCAAAACUUUUGAGUCUAAUUUCUUUUCUGUUUGUUUCUAUGACUAUUCUGGAGACCAAGAAACCACUAAGAAUUGAAGGAAUAUUAUGAUUUUUUUUUUAAUCUCUAAGAUUUGUGCUCUAUGACCAGGCAACAGUCAAAAACUGAUGAUGGUACAAACCCAGGUAAAUCCCCAAAAGACAGAACUUAAUACUCUUUCCACUGUGUUUUCAUUCUUAAAUGAUGGACACAGCAGAAAUGCAUUCUUCUCUGCAUCUGUCAGCUGCAUACUGGCACUAAAACUGUGUUGUAAAAUGAAGGCUGUGUUUAGAAACCUUGAAAAUCCAAAGCUAUUGUUUAAUUGUACAGCACCGAAGGGCUUUAUGUUACAAUAUUCUUUAUUCUCUUUUAGUAGCCUAUUUAUUGUAUCCCUUUAGGUAAAUUUAUUUAUUUAUGCUAUUUCACUUUGUUUUGUUUUUUAAGGACAAGAUCAGGAUAGCUUUCGUGAAGGUAGGGACAUAUUAAUAGAUGAUAAUGUACAACCAAAUUAUACCGUAAGCAGGGAGCUAUGGGGUUACUUACAUUCCUUGAUUUCCAGGAUAGUUUUCCAAUAGAAGCAAAGCAAUAAUAGCAAUAGUACACAAAUGGGCCAGACAUUUUUUAUACUGAAGCAAUAAUUCCAUUUUUACCUUCUGAAAUUUUAAUUUUUUUAUUUUUGAUGUUUGGUACAAAUAGGACUAUAUAUAUUUAGGUCAUACAGAGCUAUAAUGUUUAAAACCAAAGAAAUCAGCGGAACCCUUGCACAAAAAAGUAUGGUAAAUAUUUUUAAAGAAAUAAAUCCUUAAGACAAAUGUAAUUGUUAAUAUUGUUUCAUGUGUAGGUCUGAUAGCUAAACUGUAUCAGAUUGUAAUAAGCUAAUCAGAUUUAUUUCUGUGAGUAUGUGCUCAACUGUUACAGACUCUCGUUGAUUUCACUUAUUUCCUGGGAAUUGGUAAAUGUCAUGUGCCUGACGAUAACAAAAUAGCAAAAACAUUUGUACUGAACUGUGCAAGCCUUGGGGACUGAAAAAAAAAGAUUAAAACCAUUAAAAAGAAACUCAUUUCUAAGCUGAAUGAUCAUUUGCAGGAUUGAACUGGGACCAGUCAUUUCCUAAACUACAUAUGGCCAUCUUGACAGCAUUUGUUCUUUUGUGUGUUUAAUUACUAUGUUUAAAUCAUAAAGACAAAUAAAUGUUACU